UACAACUAUUAUCGACUGACAAUAACUGAUUUUGAAAGACCAAGGACAUAAAGAGGUGGCAUGAUGAAGAGAAGUUUAAAAUUAAAGACAAUACCCAUUGUGUUGAUGUUGGUCUUUGCAGUCCUCAUAUUUAUGCUGUAUGUAUCACCCACCACUAACAGACGCCACACUUACAACGGUUCCGAUACUGCUGCGCUAGAGAUGGAAGACAAACAUAUCGAACAGAAUGAUUUGUAUUUUGAUAAAUUGUUCAUUCGUCACGACUCGGAUCGUAGGACUUUUCUCAAGGGCGCAAUACAUUUUGUAUGGGACACUUAUUUGAAAUACCAUUCACCUAACACCCUGAGGUCAUGUGUGAAUGGUCGGUUUCUUGUGUACUCGUGCACUGGUGGUACUGUGUGUGGUGGUCUUGCUGAUAGACAGAGGGGCAUCAUAUCCGCCUUCCUCCUUGCUCUCCUAUCUAAUAGGACGUUCGUGGUGGAUAUGGCUAGGCCGUGUGAACUGGAACGCUUCUUGGAUCCAAACCUGUAUGACUGGAUCAAAUGCAAAGACUAUAUCAGAAAACUUUCAUCCAAAGAUAUAACAACAUUAAAUUACCAUAAUGAAAGACAGGAAUUCAAACGAUUGCUGUCAAUCAACAAUAGCAAUACCGAACUAUUUAAUGAUACGGUUGUAAAGAUAAUACUGAAUAUGUGUGCGCUGCCUUUAUUUUAUAGCGCCAACUUAACGGCAGUACGGAUGCCGUGGCUAAAGCUUUAUACGAAAAUAGAUCUUAUAAACAUUGUGUAUCAUAUACUUUUCCGCCCUGGCAAGAAACUGUUACACGAUUUAAGACUAGUUGACCAACAGAUAGCCAAGAAACAUCUACAUUGUGCUCAUAUCCGUAUUGGCAAAAAUCCAGAUAUUCCGAAUGAUCCAACAUUCGUCCAGAGUAGAGGGUUCAUCAACACAAGCACGAUAUCAUCUUUCUUCAAAAGAGGGACAGAUCGCCACACAAAUCUUGUAUUUAUUGCUGCAGAUGCUUCACACGUCCGGAAGGAAAUGACAGCUCGCCAUGAGCACGUUCUGCAGCUGAACACAAGCAUAGUUCACAUUGGUUUCAGUCGGAAGACCCCCGAGGCAUGUGGCGGUUUCUACUCGGCGAUCCUGGAGCAGCUCGUUCUGACACAAUGCGAACAGCUGGUCCUUACGUCCAGUGGGUUCGGGUCCAUGGCGGCCUAUCUACGAGGCAUAUCGUGGGGACUUUUUCAGUAUAAUUCAAACCGUACUAACGAUGUAUCUUUGCGGAACUCCGUUUCGGAGCAUACGCUCGAGGCCGACAUGAAAUCGCAUGGAUUUUUUAUUCGAUACUAGGGGCAACUUAGUACAAUAUUUGUACAAACCGAUAAUGAAAAAUCAAAGGAAAAAAUAAAAAUACUCGUUGUUUAUUUUUAUCUUUAGGGAAAUGCACAACAUUGUCGUCUGGAUUUUACCACACUAUAUUAAUUCUUGUAGGGGAGAUACAUUCAAUGAACUUUAAAUAAUCCAUAUUAACAUCCUGAAAAUUGUUACAAUUUAUUGUCCAAAAAUGGUGCAUUAGGAGCGUAUUUUAUUACCUUUUGGACGAUUAGGGGAUGCGCCCCCCACCCCUUCCCCCUUAAUUCGCUAGUGACAAUUGAUUUCUUUUCUGGUCCAUUCAAAAUUGUCUUACUGUAUUGAUUUAAU